UCAAGGCAGGAAAUGGGAUGUUGCCUGACUCCUCACAGCACAGCGAACCACUCUUGCUGACAACGCACAGGAUGUCACUGGGCGAUACUGGGACGAGGGGAUACUUCUUGCCACUGCUGCUUUUGUGCUGCUGGAUGGUGUCGGCUUCAGGAGUUGCCGAUUAUGAUGAUUAUAGUUUAAAUGGAACUGAUGAGAAUCAACAAGAGCAACCGAAUUGCCUGUUCCCUCGCAGUAUCCCAGGGGAGGUAGUCACUGAGAACAACACUUCUUUCCUGAGUAUCUCCGAAAAGUCUCGUGCUUCACUCAAUGGCACGCUCACCGUCGUAGUCCUCCCAUCUUUCUACACCCUUAUCUUCCUCAUUGGACUCCCUGCCAAUGCUCUGGCACUCUGGGUGCUCACCACAAAGGUGGAGAAACUGCCCUCCACUGUUUUCCUGAUAAAUUUAGCAACUGCUGAUCUCUUACUGUGCCUGCUGCUUCCCCUGAAGAUCUCUUACUACUUCUUGGGCAACCACUGGCCCUUUGGGGAGGCUAUGUGCCGCUUUACCACUAUGGCCUUCUACGGCAACAUGUACUGCUCCAUUAUUUUGCUUGCCUGCAUCAGCAUGGACCGCUACCUUGCUGUAGCCCACCCGUUCUUCGCCCGUUCCUUCCGCAGCUCUGCCUUUGCCAUGGGCAUCUGCGCUGUAGUUUGGGUGGUGGCUGUUCUCUUCACCCUGCCUCUGACUGUCCACCGUCAGUCCUUCCCACUCUAUGAGACGAAGCAGACUCUAUGCCAUGACGUCCUGCCAUGGGAACAGGAAGAGCAGCAUUACUAUUACUUCAUCAUCCUCAUUGCCUGUGGCUUCCUGACUCCUUUCCUCAUCAUGGUGUUCAGCUGUGGGAUUACACUCUGGGUCUUGCUGGGCAGCGGUGAAAAAUAUGCUAUGGCUGCCAAGCUGACAGCCCUCAUGCUUAUCUCAGUCACGGCCUUUUAUAGCCCAAGCCAUAUCCUGUUACUCCUCGACUACUCCCGCUCCUGCCUCAGGAAGGAGGGGACGUUCUACGUGCCCUACAUGGCCAGUCUAGCCUUGAGUACCUGCAAUAGCUGCGUCGACCCCUUCAUUUACUAUUAUGUCUCGGAAGAAUUCAGGUUAAAAGUGAAGAGGAGACUCUUCGGUCACCGGAAAGAUUCUGCUGUGUCCAUAAAGACCUCAAAAGAAACGCUGCCCUCAAAAACCUUCCACCACUCCCACUGUCCUGGGUGAAUGAGAGACUGUCUUCACAGUACUUUGAAGGAAAGGAAGGCAAUAAGGGUGGCUGGCUGGGGCUUUUCAUGGUCUUUCUUACCAAUAUAUUUUUUUUGAGGAAGCAGGUAAUGGUCGAUUUGUUCUUGGAGUUCUUAAAACAAUAUAGCUGGAUAAAACCUGCCCAAUCUCAGCUCCAUUCCAACUUCCAAGAAGCCUAAUUAUGUUCCUCAUUAAUUCUGAAGUCUUGUGUAGCAGGUAGUUCUUCCAUUUAUUUCAUGGCUUAACUGUAUGGAUUUGGAAAGUCCAAGUACGUCUCUAAUAAAUGAAUUCAAAGCAAACU